GAUCCCGCUGUCCUGGCCGCGGAAGUGACGCAAGGGAGGCAGCGGAGCGGAGUGACAGGAGACCGGCGGCGGCGGGGGGGAGAUCCCGGGAGGAGGAGGAGGGGGCGGCGACUCCCGGAGAGACCCGAUAUGGGAGGCAGCGCAUCCAGAGCCCGGGGACUGUGGCCCUUUUCAUCCUCCUAUCAGGGGCCCGAGAGCCCCGCCACCUGCGACGAGCAGCAGAGUGUGGCCCGAGUCCGCCAAGCGACGCCCUUCAUCUUCACCCGCCGGAGCUCCAUGUUCUUCGAUGAGGACGGCGAUUUGGCGCACGAAUUCUACGAGGAAACAAUCGUGACAAAAAAUGGCCGCAAGCGGGCGAAACUCAAACGCAUCCAGAAGAACCUGCGACCACAGGGCACCAUCAAGUUAGACCACCCGUGCAUCCAUGUGGACUUCCCCGUCGUACUCUGCGAGGUCUGACACUGGCUACCACCCUCGCCUGCCACGCUGCAACCCUCCUCUACCAACAUCCGCCCCCCCUCCCGCGCCGUGCUCCCGGGACAGGGAGCCAGAGGAGAGUCAUGAGGGAGGGACACACAGACCACCGCCUCCCCCCCAGGUAAAGACUUGCAAACUGUGUGACGUUGAGGUACAACAGACGCCAUAUUGGACGGAAUCGCUGCCGAUGUGGAUAUUUAUUUCCUGUGUUUGGAAUCGGUCGCCUGACUACAUCCUGACCUUUCCUCCUCUGCUUUAAUAUUUCCCUUCUUAAACAUGGCUGCCUAGAGAGGAGGCGAGAGCUCCGCCCAUCUUGUUCGGUUGUGGUCCCCCCCACUAGGGGGUGGAUGUUUUGUGUCCAGACUCGCAGUGUAUUUAUAUUCGAUUUUUGGCAUUCAACUCUCGUCUUAGUCGGUAUUAUCUACACAGUGUGACUAGUGACCGCGGCGGACCGCGCUGUCGAUGGACGAUAUUGCACGUCUGUGGGAUGAAGACGGAUCCUCGAUACAAUCACAAGUGGAUGUGAUUUCUCGUGUAGCAGAGUGUCCCAUCAUCGUACCUUUAUUUAUUUCAUGUAUGUUUUAGUUUGUGUUCUAUAAUCCUGAGCUGUGAAAAGCCCCCUUCCCCCAUCAUCUCCCAGCCUCCUUCACUCUGCACUGCCCCCCCGUACCCCACACCUGUCAGACUGUAUAUCAUGCUCUACCCAAACAGUAGAGGGAGCUGGAGAUGUCAGGGGCUCGGAGGAACUCUCCCCAAUAAAGAGUAUGUUUGUAACAAG